UUUUUUGGAAGAAUAAAUUGGAAUAAUAAUUAAAUGUCAAGUGCAGAAGAGCAUAUUAUCGUACAGAUGCCAGAUAACAGUAUAUUGAUCGCUACUAAACUUCCGCCUCCUCCAAAGGCAAGGCUUAGAUGAUGGAGUUGCCAGACAACACUCGAGUAUACUAUUGGCUCAGCCCAAGUUCAAUGAGCUAUCUGCAGUCAGAUGAAUGGGGUCUCUUCGACUCCUCAUAGUGCUGGUACUGCUUAUGUAAAAUGCGAUGGCUGUAGUACAACUCUGAAAUAUACCAAAGGAUUUGAAAGAAUCAAAUGUGGGGUGUGAAACAACAUCAUUGCUGUUGACCAAUCUUAGAAUCUUGUUUUAUUUCACUCAGAAUUGACUACACCAUACCAGAAUGAGUAUUGUUUCGAAGUAUUUUCAAUAAUAAUCGU